GUAGUCCCUCCCCGGGCCAGAGUGAGCACAGGGAGCCUGGGCUGCUAAAAUGCUCCAAGCUCAAAGGGACGAUGGUGGAGGGCUGGUAAAGAUGGCGGCGCUCUCCGAGGAUGGGAGGUACGGAUUAAAUUGUGGCCAACAGAGCGCAGAUAGAGUCACCGUAUUACACGUCAAAUUGACCGAGACAGCGCUGAGAGCAAUAGAGAGCUACCAAAAUUGUAUGAAUGUACCUUCUUUGCAGCCAACAAUACAAUUCAAGGGACUCCAAGGGCGCAUUAAAAUUCCCAAGACCGAUUCCUCCUCAGACACCUUCCACAAUUUUGAUUUCUACCUGUCUAAUGUGGGCAAGGACAACCCUCAGGGAAGUUUUGAGUGCAUCCAUCAGUAUGUGUCGAGCUCAGGGGCCUCACACCUGGCAUUGUUGGCAACCGUACAGGACAAGGUCACAGUGUGUGCCACUAAUGACUCCUACCAGGUGACCCGGGAACGCAUGACCCAGGCCGUGGAGGACACACGUGAACGUGGGACCAAAGUCAUCAAGCCUGGGGGCCAGUACAGAGGAAAGCAAGUCCAUAUCCGUAAGCCGGCGCUUUCAGCCCCAGAUGUGGUCCCAGAGCGCAAGCGCUCCACACCCAUCAACCCAGCCAACACUAUUCGUAAGUGCCUUUCCAAUAACCCUGUGUCACAGCGGCCAUUCCGGGACCGCAUCAUCCACCUGCUGGCACUGAGGUCCUACAAGAAGCUGGAAGUGCUUGCCCGUUUGCAACGGGAUGGUAUUAACCAGAAGGACAGAAACUCAUUGGGGACCACCCUGCAACAGGUGGCAAACCUGAACCCCAAAGACAACACAUAUUCAUUGAAGGACUUUAUUUAUCGUGAUGUCCAGCGAGACUGGCCUGGCUACUCUGAAGAUGAAAAGUCCCAGGUUGACCGGAUCCUGGCUCGCAAAUCGGGGCUUCCUGCUGAGACCCUCUCAUCAAGCAGUUCUCCCAAAGACACUAUCCCCACAUCCCCCCAGAAGCGCCAGUCAGACUUUGACUUCAUUGAUCCUUUGGCACCCAAGAAAGCCCGCAUCUCCCACCUUAACAAUCGAGGGCCAGCCGCGUCUUCAUCCUCCUCCUCUGACCGCCGUGAGGACGAGGGCAGCCCCAGCUCUAAACACUCGUCCCUACCCUCCAAUGUCACCUCUGGCCCUCCCACCCAUCUCCCCAUCUCGUCCCACCCCCCUGCACCCUCUCACCAGCAGCCCAGCCCAGCCUCUAACUCCAACUCACCCAGCACCCCGGAGGGCUGUGGCACCCAGGACCUGCCUAUGGACCAGAGUUCCUCCUGCAGAGACCCUUCACCCAGCCCCUUCUCCUCGGAUAGGACCCUGCAGGACCGCUAUCGACACCCUGUCCCCGUCCCAAGACCAGCCGCCUCCCCCAGCCCUCCUCCUCCUCCUCCUCCCCCUCCUCCUUGCACAUCACUCACAGUUACCUCCACUGUCAUCACCAGCCCCCCCUUGUCCAGCAGUACCAACAAGAAGUUUAAAAAGAAAUCCAAGAAGCACAAAGAUAAGGAUCGAGAGAGGGAGAAAGGGAAACGGACAGAAAAAGGUAGCAGAAGUCCUCCCAGUGUAGCAGAGCAAGCUGAAGAAACUCGUAGAGCCAAAAAGAAGCGAAGUGCUGAGGAAGAGAGCAGAGACGUUGUCAACAAGAAUCCUCACAAAGAUCAAGACUCAUCAGAAAAAGAGAAGCCAGUUCAAUCGACUGAAUUCUCCUCCACAAUUGAGACGCCUGACUAUGUAGUGAAGUACAUGCCCAUGGUGUCCAUGGACCAGCGGCAAAGCUACAAGAAUGACUUCAAUGCAGAGUAUGAUGAGUAUCGCUUGCUACAUGCCCGUGUGGAGAGCAUCACCCGCCGCUUUACUCAGCUGGAUGCCAAGUGCCGGAAGCUGGCACCUGGCACCAAAGAAUACCAGAAGGUGCAAGAAGAAGUCUUGAAAGAGUACAAAAAGAUGAAACAACACAGCCCCAACUACCACGAGGAGAAACAGCGCUGCGAGUACCUGCACAACAAGUUAGCCCACAUCAAGCGGCUAAUAGCUGAUUUUGACCAGCGCAGAGCCCAGGCCUGGUGCUGAGAGCACAGCACACAUCUUCACUAAUCAGUAUUGAGAAAGGAGUGUUGAACCAGGAGAGGGUGUCUAACUGGCUGUUAUUUAUUAACACCCCUUCAGUUACUGCCUCCACAACAGCCCCUCCCCCACCACCUAUCUUCCUUCCCGUUUCCUUUCUCAUCAUCCUUUUUCAUUCCUUGCUUCUUUUCCAAUCUUUGAUUCCACUGGCAUCACUGUUGCCUGCAAUCUUGAUAAUCUUACUUUGACUUUACCCCCCAUCUUUUGCUUUCUCUCUGUUUCUUCUCAAUGAGCUCCUGUGGAAUUUCAUACCACUGGACCAGUGGAAGGGGCUGCCUGCAUGUGUGAAGGGGUUUGGGGAAAAUCUUCAACGCUUCUAACUUUUGAAGGACUUUACCUUCAGGCAAAAAAAAAAAAAAAGAACAAAAAAGUAUUUUUGAGUAUCAGAGAAAAUAUUAACUUGUAUUUAAGUAAAAAAAAAAAAAAAAAGAGGAAGAUCUAUUUAUUUUGGGACUCACAGUGCAAAGAAGAGUCCGCAGAUGAUAUAUUGUUUAACUUUUGUUGAAAACAAUGCAAAAAAAAAAAUGAGGCCUUAUGUGUUUUGACUCUGUGAAGCCAUUUUGCACGCAAGAUCCAUUAUGUCAUCUCAUUUGGCAAAGAUGACUCUCCUGCCUCAUUUCCUCUCUUUUCUUAAAGAUUGUACUGGAUAACCUUGCUUCAACACAUUACUGUUUGUUUGAGGCUGAAGGGGAGGGGGUGAGACAGGCGGAGAAAUCACUUGAGCUAGUAUGUGUGCAUGGAUUGUAAAUUUAGUUGUAAUGGCCACAUGGGGAGGGUGGGUUAACUAAAGGAGUAUUAUCCCCUGUCAGUACGGGGAAGUAUUCCCUGCACCAACAGAGUUUAGUCUUCACGGUGCAUUAUGGGUGCCUUAAGGAGUUUACACUCAGAAAUGUCGAGUUGGGCUGACCCUUAGAGUCCACAGGCUACACAAAGGAACUAUAACUGCCUGGAAACAGGUUGUGUGUGUGCGUGUGCAUGUCAGAGUAGUGAAGGAAGGAAGGGAUGUUAAGUCUGGAAGGAGUGUUACAAAUUGUGUGUGUGUGUUCGUACGGUUGUGCAUUAUGUGAAGUGACAGGUGUAAGGAAAAACAGAAAUGUUGAGAAAAAAAGUAAGAAACAUGA